AGGGAUCCUGAUUCACAAGUCUCCUGUUCCUUUAGUACGAUGGUCUCUCUCUCCCAUUGAGCUGCUUGCACAGCCUGGGCGUUCCUCCCACUCCUCUGUGUAGGUCCCCUCAGGGUCGCACCAUGUCCAGCCCAGUGCCCCAGCCUGCUCCCUCAGGCACUCAGGUCCAGCCCGGAGAUUUGGGCCCCUGUCCCGGGGCCGUUUCCCCAGAAGUCCCCCGCCGCCUUGCUCGGGGACACCUGGAGUCCUCUUUCUCUGUCGAGGCCAUCCUGGCGAGACCCAAGACUCAAGAGCUGGCUGCCACCUCUCUGCCGCUCUCUACCUGCACCAGUCUGAACCUCGGCUCUGUGUCACAGUACGUGGUCCUGCCCUGGGUGUGCUCCACAGGGACUUGGCUGCCUGCCUACCUGAGGGUGGGCGUCUACCCGCUGUGCUCCACGUCCUGCGUGCCCGGACUGAAUGCGACUCAUCUCCUCUGCCAGCAGGGCCUCAGGCACCCAGGCUUGGAGCUACCUUACUAUCUAGGCCCUCUGAAAUGGGCAACCACCGUGGACCUUCAGGACCACAGUACCGAGAGACACCAAAAGAGGGUUCGCACAAUGUUUAGCUUGCAGCAGCUGCAAGAGUUGGAGAAGGUAUUUGCAAAGCAGCACAACCUGGUGGGGAAGGAGAGAGCCCAGCUGGCUGCCAGGCUGCACUUGACGGAGUACCAGGUGAGGAUCUGGUUCCAAAAUCGCAGGAUGAAGUAUCAGAAGCAGCAAAAACUGAAAACGCCUUCCUCCUCUACCAUGGAGGAGCCCUCCAAUAGCUCAGAUGGCCACAUCCAGAGUGAAGAUGCUGAGUCGGGAGUUGGCAGUUAAGGACCAAGCAAGAGGCCCUGGUCACCUUAUAUGGGCUAGUUCUUCCUGUGGUACCCCCCUGUCCCACAUCUCAGUAAAGAGCUUCCUUAAGCUCCAAGGACACCAAAUGUACUUGAACAAUCAAGCAGGGGAACUCUGGAAGCAGAAUAAUGGAUUGAUCUAUGUC